GUGUUGGUUGGCCAACAUUUUUCGGAGACGCCGGGUGAAGUACACAGGCAUGGAGGCAACAGUCCAACGCUGUAUGGAGGGAAAAUAUUAAUAUUCUGAUUUUGUACGGAGUCACAGCCGAGAUAUAUUGAACUGAAAACUGAGCAUCGAGCCGUCGUUGCGUGGCGCUGUUCAGUCGCAGUUUGUGCCAGACUGUAGUAUGGACUUCAAGCAAACUGAGGAGGGAGAUGGUGGUGAGGCCGGUGCCUUCGUUGAGGACUACUGUAGUUCAGACGAUGAUGGAGGAGCGAUCGGGAUAGGUGACCAGAAACAUCAGAGCAGCUGCAAACAAGCUGCGGGACUCAGCGGGGAAAGCUCUCCUCCUCUUCUCCUGGCCUUCUCCAUCACCUCUGGACGGGCUCUGGAGGGCAGCAGCCCCGGCACCGCCUCCCAGGAGGAGGAGGAGGAGGAGGAGGACCGCGAGCAGCCCGUCGAGGAGUGGAUGAUCCUGGGAGGAGAGGAGCAAGUGGGAGACUCGAGCAUUCAUCUCAACCUGGGCUACUGGAGCAGCUCCGAGGAGGAGUCUGGUGUCGAAGAUCCAAAUGUGAAGUCGGUUAAAGAUACUUGGGCUGUAUCAGAGAAAGACAAGUGGGGCUCUGAUCAGUCUCUGUCCAGCCGUUAUUUUGUGCCCGGUCGUUAUCUGACCUGUAACAUCUGCAACAGGACAGGACACCUUGCCAAAAGCUGCUACUACCAUAAGAAAUGUCCCACCUGUGUUCUUUGUGGGAUCCAGGGCCACAUCCAGAGGGACUGUCCGUGCCGACCCUGCCCCAUCUGUGGGCUGCCUUUACACGGCCUCAGGCCCUGUGAAAAGCCCCCAAUAUGGAACCAGCUCUGCCAGCGCUGUGGGAUGACAGGACACCUCUCGGAUAACUGCCCUGAUACUUGGCGACAAUACCACUUGACGAUCCGGUUGGAGGUUCCUCUCAGGCCAUGGAGAGUCAAUACCACCCUCAAACAUAAGAGAUGCUUUGCUUAUUGUUACAACUGCUCUAAGAGAGGACAUUAUGGCUUUGAGUGCACUAAGAGUAGGAUGACCAGUGGGACUUUUCCUACUCUGCCUCAUGUUUACCACUAUGACACCGUGGAAGAAAUCCUCCAGCAACAUACAAAGAUGCAGAAAAGAGUCAAAGAGCGUGCGGGUGCUGGAUCUGAGCAGUAUUUGUCUGAAGCAACAGGUGAGAUUUGUGAUGAGAAUCAGCCAGUCCAGGCGAGGAGCAGGAUAAAGCAGGAGACAUGCAGCCGAGCCGGCAGGAGGAAGACGUGGCCAGAGAGGCGCAGAGAGAGACAGGAGGUGAAGAGACUAAGGAGAGAGGCCCAAGCCAGACGAGAAGGAGGACUACUGGGGAGGUCUCGGGGUAAUUAUGAUGACGAAGCAUGCCAAACAGACCCCUUCAAGUCCCCCUGUCAUGGUCACCGGCUGUCCACAUCCCCUCCACAGAAGAAGAAGAGGGAUGAGGCAGGUUGUAGUAGGAGCAGGAAGAGCAGAGAGGCACAGCGGUGGAAGAGGAGAGGAGGGUUGAAACGUGGGGAUUUAUAUCCUCACAGUGAUGUGGACAUCAGAGGUGAAAACUUUCUCUCUCCAAAGCAAAGAGUACGCCACAGAAGACGAUAACGUGCUUGAUUUUUUUAUAUGUACAAAAUACAUUUGUACCUUAUUUCCUUAAAUAAUUUAUUGCUUAUAUAAAAUACUGUUGAAUAGCAUACACAGUUGUGUACACUAAGUCAGUGUAAGUGGUAUGAAUGUUACAUUUGUACUUUAACCGUUUCCUGUAAAUGCUGUCCUUUAUUAAGUGUGCCUGCCACUCCUGUACUGGCUGGGCCGAAUUUGACAAGUUUUCAACAUAAAGUAUUUUGGAAUAUGCUUUUGCACUCUU